GCACUACUCGCCUUUCAAAUCCGCACACGAGCGUCGAGACCCUUGCCGUCAACUGGUAACCCGAAAGCCCAUUCUCGUCAAUUCCCUCCACGCCCCCACAAUAAAAACCAUUCCUUCUACCCAGCGCCGACGCGUCCAACCACCCGUCCAGCCGUCCUUCCUCCCAUAUCUCCAUUAACGCCCCUCACUGGAGCUCAUUCUCCAUGUAUUUCCCUUGGAAAUUUCCCUUCUGAUCCUUCUCUCCUCUUCUCGCUCGUCAGAACGGUGUAGACUUCUUAGGAAGUCAUGGUAUCACUGGCGGAAUCCCAGAUCCCUUCGUCGCAGAGCCCCUGCUCUUCUUCGACUAGGAUCCAGAAGUCCCAUGGGCGAUCGAUGAGGACGGUGAGGUGCAAUCUAUACAAGGAUGACCGGAAUUGCUCCUUGGAUGACGCUCCGGCGAGUGGGAACUCGGCGGCGGUGUCGGAGAAUUUGACGGAUUCCGUGGUGGAUUUCAAGCUCCGGGAGCUCGCGGUGGGGAUGGGCUCCGCCGACGCCGCCAAAUCCGCCUCCACGGAGGACGCCAGCGAUCUCCUCGAUCUUUCUCGGGAUUUCUCCGAGUGCUCCAGCUUCAACUCGGAUAUAUCUGGAGAGCUCCAGCGGCUGGCUUCGAUCAUCCCUAUAUCGGAGGCGCCGCAGAGCUCGCCGUCGGAUCUGGACGACUUGGAGGUUCUCGGGUCAGGAUUCUCCUCCUCGGAUAUUGCGGAGAGCGCAGCGGCGGUGGAGAGCUUGGAGCCGGCGGUGAGGGCCUGCGUGGAGCGCCUGGAGUCGGUGGCGGCGCCGGUGGAGGCGAAGGGGGCGGCGGCUGCGAAGCUAAGGCUGAUGGCGAAGCACCGGUCGGAUUUCCGGGCGCUGAUCGGUGCCUCAGGGGCGAUCCCAGCGCUGAUCCCGCUCCUCCGGAGCGCGGAUCCGGCGACGCAGGAGAACGCGGUGACUGCGCUGCUGAACCUAUCGCUUGAGGAGGCGAACAAGGUCCCGAUCACGGCGGCGGGGGCGAUCAAGCCGCUGGUGUACGCCCUCCGGACGGGGACGGCGGCGGCGAAGCAGAACGCGGCGUGCGCGCUGCUGAGCCUGGCGAUGGUGGAGGAGAACCGGACGACGAUCGGGUUAUGCGGGGCGAUCCCGCCGCUGGUGUCGCUGCUGCUCCACGGGUCGAGUAGGGGAAAGAAGGACGCGCUGACGACGCUGUACAAGCUGUGCUCCGCGAGGCAGAACAAGGAGAGGGCGGUGCGGGCGGGGGUGGCGGGGCCGCUGGUGGGGCUGGUGGGGGAGCGCGGAGGGGGGACGGCAGAGAAGGCGAUGGUGGUGCUGGGAUCGCUGGCGGCGAUCCCGGAGGGGCGGGCGGCGGUGGUGGAGGCCGGGGGGAUCCCGGCGCUGGUGGAGGCGAUCGAGGACGGGCCGGCCCGGGGGAAGGAGUUCGCCGUGCUCGCCCUCCUCCAGCUCUGCGCCGAGAGCGCCCGCAACCGCGCCCUUCUCGUCCGCGAGGGCGCCAUCCCGCCGCUCGUCGCCCUCUCCCAGUCCGGCUCCGCCCGGGCCAAGCACAAGGCGGAGACGCUUCUGGGGUACCUGCGGGAGCAACGGCAGGACGGCGGCGCUACGCCGGGCGUGGGAAGGUACUAACGGUAACCAUAACGGCAGCGGUAACUCCACCACCUGUUUCAAUAAGCGAACCCUUUUGUGAAUCUUUUUUUGGGGUUACGUGGCUGGCUGAGAGGUGCGGAGGAGAUGGAGAGUAAGAUGAGCCUCCGGUGGAGUGGAACGGGGUGUUCGUUAAUUGUAGUAGUUUAUUACGGUGUGUGCUCUAUGUAAAUAGGGAGGUAGUUUUGUGUGAAUAUUUUGUUUGUGAGGUUGGAGUUGGGGAGGAGACUUCUGAUCUGAAGGUUGACGAGUCUUUUAGGGAUGGAGUGGACUUAGUAAUAGGGGGUUUAAUUAAUGAUGUUAAUGUGUAUGGAUUGCAAGGGCUUUUCCCAGAGGAUUUGGUUAUGAAAACCUUUGGUUUUGGUUUGGAUUUUUGCGAUCCAAAUUCUGCUGUUUAGUUAUUGAUCAAAAAAGUGUGCAAUGGAUUCUUCUUCUAUA